CAAAGCGCAUGUCUCCAGCUCCAAAUUCGGCUAUUAUAAAAAACGUUAUAUUGUGGCACGUGCGCACGCCUACCGCCCGUGAAAGCCAAGAUCAAGUGUUGCACAAAUAGUUGCCGUCAUUGUUGUCGUUGUCGUUGUUUUUGUUAUUGCUGCCGUUCGGUUGUGGUCGGCUUUGGGCGUUUCGCGCGUGCCUGCUAAUUUAAACAUACUCGUGGCAUCCGGCAUUAUGCCGCGACAGCGUCGUCCAUUGGAGUUUGAAAACGAGAGUGUGCUUCGCCGAGUCCAAUGACCAGCUGCAGUCGCAGCAGCAGCCGCCGGUGCAUGCAUGAAAACCAAAACAAACCGAAGCAGCAAAAGUGCCGCAAAUUGCAUUUUGUUUAUAUGUUAAUUCAAAUGCCUGAGCCUUGACCCAAAGAGGCAAAGUUUUCGAACAACAUCAAAAAUUCCACAAAUAUACGGCAAUUUCUUAUCGAAUAUAUUAUACAAUAGCAAUUGACCCACAUCGAAUUGAGGCGUGUGCGUCUGCGUGUGUGUUAAAUAUUUACUUAGUGUCAAUUAUACAAAAAUGUUGUUGAACUGUGCGCGGCAAAAACAGCGACAAUUUCGGAGCAUCGUCUCAACAUUUUGGCACCUGCUGUGCCUGCUGCUCAGCUUUGUGGAUCUUGCCGCUGGACAAAACGCGGCUGCUGUGGCCGCUGCCGUUGCCGCGGGUCAAAAUCAAUCGCAGGUCUACAUAACGGAUUCUUGCCUAGAGAAGCCCUAUCGUUGCCCGCAUCCCAAGAUCCAGUUCUAUUUGUAUACGCGUCGCACACAAGAACAGCCCGAAUAUCUGGACGUGCUGGAUCCCAAUGCGCUCUACUAUACGCACUUCAAUCCACGCCAUCCCACCAAGAUCAUUAUCCAUGGCUUUGGCGGCGGACGUGAGCUCAGUCCCAGUCCGGAUCUGCGCGAGGCGUACUUCAGCAUUGGCGAGUACAACAUCAUCAUUGUGGACUACAGCAAUGCAGUGAAGGAGCCGUGCCUCAGUCAAAUGGAGUGGUCUCCGCGCUUUGGCAGCCUCUGCAUCUCUCAGCUGGUCAAGUAUCUGGCACGGCAUCCACGCGGUGUUCAGCCGGAUGAUCUGCACUUUAUUGGCUACAGCGUGGGUGCGCAUAUUGCGGGCCUCGUGGCCAACUAUUUAAAGCCCGAGGAGGGCAAGAUCGGACGCAUUACGGCACUUGAUCCCACCAUAUUCUUCUAUGCGGGCGCGAAUAAUUCACGCGACUUGGAUACCAGCGAUGCGCAUUUUGUGGACGUGCUGCACACGGGCGCCGGCAUACUUGGCCAGUGGCAUUCCAGUGGCCAUGCAGACUUCUAUGUGAAUGGAGGCACCAGACAACCGGCGUGUGUGGGCUCAGCCACGUUGUUUCAAACCUUGGCCUGCGAUCACACAAAGGUCACGCCGUACUUUAUCGAAUCGAUAACAACAAAGCGUGGCUUCUAUGCGGGACCCUGUCCCAAUCUAUUUACCUAUCUGAUAGGCUGGUGCGAGCCUAAGGACUCCGAUUAUGUGCUCAUGGGCGAGCACUGUUCGCAUAAGGCACGUGGCAACUAUUAUGUAACUACGAAUGCGAAGGCGCCCUUUGCCAGGGGAUUUCCGGGCAAGGGGCGCUCCAAUGGCGAGUACCAGGGCGUACGGCGUUAAUGGACUAACCGACUUGAAUAUAAUUAAGUUCUGUUUUAUGCUGUAGCACUCAUGUGAUUUUAGUUGUUGUUUCCUAAUUACGUACUUGUAUUUAUUUCAUUUGUUUUUGCUUAGUUUUUAUUUGCCGCCAUCGUCGUUGAGGGGUCGCAAAGCCGGCUCCAAUUGUCCGCGUCUUGUACAAAUCUAAAUCUAAUCAUUAAGUUGUAAGUCCGACGCUCUGCUGGAAUUUUGAAUAAAACUAUAGUAGAAAAAAUACAUACA